GUUCAAUCAGCUGGCUGUUCGCAGAAAGAUCCGCCAUGAGCAGCAGUACGAAUGGGGUCGUGACGCCGAUCCCUGACGUCCUCGUGGAGGCCACGGACCUACCACCGCCUCCGUUAUCGUUGAAGAGACCUUCAUUGAACGAGCCAAACCCUCCGCUACCCGAGCCAUCGCCGCCGUUGCCAUUGCCGUCGACGUUGCCAGACUUGACGUCCCAGGCCGUCACACCUGUGUCAGCGCAGUCUAAAACAACGCUAGAACUCGAACAAGACGAACUUCGGUCGAAGAUCCGAGCGCAUGUCGGUCAGUCGCUGCGUGUCAUGCGGGAACAGAAGCGGCGCGAGAGUCGGCGGUUCUGUGGCAUGUCACGCGCAGAUGUGUUUGAAUGGCUCCGCGCGGUACUGUGCUGCUCGGAGGCCGACUCAGCCGACACCGCCGACGACAGCGACUCCAAGAUCUUCACGACCAAGAAAUUUCUCGGUGGCGUCGAGGAGUUUUCUUGCCUGACGGACCGCGAGCUGUCGCAGUUGGCGCGACUCGCAGAAAUGCGAUCUUUCGCUCGUGACGAAGUGAUUGUCUUGGACGAAGCGGAAGCAGAUGGGAUGUACAUUCUCAUGUCGGGCAAGGCCACGAGGGCGUACGUGGUCGCGGGAUCGGUGCUGGACGACAUAUCGUUGCCGAUGGAACCCAUCGAGUACCAAGAAGCGUUUGGAAUGAAUGUGCCUGCGAUUACCAAGGGCGACGAGCGCGUCGAGUCGACCGUCACAGCAGUGUCGGAACACGCCGAGUGCCUGUGGCUGCCGCACUUGGUCGUGCGGAUGCUCAACAUCCAACCGCGCAUGGACUAUGAGUUUGUCUUGAUCUUGAACAACCAAGAUGGGAUCUCGGACGCCGACUACAAGCAGCAAGAGGUGGUGCUGUCCAACAUUCUACGAGCUGGUAUUCACGUGACGGUGUUGGCCAACACGCGCAACACGGUGGGGAAGAUCAUCCUCCUGCUCAAUGCGCCGCUGUGGCUUCUCGCGCGAGAGGACAAGCUCAUGAAAAUGGAGCGUAUCGUGGAGUACCAUUCCGAGGAAGACGCCAAGUCGUUGGGCGACGAGUACGGCGCGAAUGCCGAGACAAUGACGGCCGCCGAUCGCAUCGCGGCGUUCGCGUCCAUCUUGACCAGGCCCGCCGCGGACCGUCCCCCCGGCGCGGGCCUCCGGGGGAUUGAAAACAACCAGGACCCGGUCGUCCAUGACGUGUUUCCCCUGCACGACCCGAACGUGACGGACUUUAUCACGUCGUCGUGGUUCAAGGAGGCGCUGUCGGCGUCGACGCGACGGCUGUUUCUCUUGCGUACCAAAGAUCACUUUGGGUUGCACAUUGCAUUUUACACGGCAUUCAUCCGGCUAUAUUGUGCGUCGCUGAGCACGCCAUGCCUUGUGGGCAUCGGUUUGUGGGUCGUGUGGCGGCAAGUCGAUUACCACAGCUACAUGCAGGCGCUGGGUAUCUACGGCCUCCUGGUCGCGUUUGUGUGGGCGCCGUCCGUGCUGAAGCGGUGGAAGCGGUACCAGUACUCGUUGCUUGUCGAGUGGGACCUGCUCCAAGCCAAGGAGGUCGAGUAUCCGAACCAAGAGUUCAAGGACUACGUCGUGGAAACAAUCAACGUGGCCAACGAAGGCGACCCCCCCGAUUACGUCGAUGUGAAAAUGUACGACCGGCGACGGCGGUACCCAAAGUACAUUCUCUUUGGCGUGUUUUCCGUCGUGUGCUGUAUCCUCUUGUUUGUGUUUGUGAUGCUGUACUGCCAAUGGUACAUCAUUGCCGUGAUGACCCCCAUGUGCGACGACCCGCGAUGCCCGGCCUUCCUAGACUCGCACAAUUGUGUCAACCAGUGCGAGUUGCUGCUUCAGCAAGGCAAAACGUAUAACUUUCUACGAGACAUUCGCGAGUCUGUCCGCGGUUGCCAGGGAUACUGUGACACGGCGACGUUCGACCCGGCGUACUAUGACUGCGACAGGGCGCUGGUCGGGUGCUUUUCCACCGAGCGGGGCGUUGUGGGUACGGCACGGUGGACGUAUGUGCUCGUCCAGGGCAUUGUGCUGGGCCUGACGCUCGACAUUUUGUUUCUGGCCAUCUUUGAAUUGAUUGCGUCGGUCUUCAACAAGUGGGAAAACUACGCAACGCUUCAAGAAAACAACCGCCGCUUCGUGGAGAAGAUCUUCUUGUUCAACUGGGUGGGGUACUUUUACUGGUUCUUCCUCCUCGCGUUCUUGUACACGCCAUACGGCGGCGAAGUCCAAGAGUUUAUUCGGGUUCACAUUGACACGAAUAUGUGGUUUACAGGUAACGGUCGGUUCAAAUUUAGUCGGUACUGGGUAUCGGGGCUAGUGGGCAUGGAUUCUGCGUUCGUGACGCCCCUGAUUGUCACCCAAGCCCUCAACCUGGUCAUCAACACGUUCGUCCCUUUCUUACUGCGUCGCGCGGUCGUAUCGGCGCGGGACACGUACUUGGUGAGCAAAGAUCAACUCAGCCUCAAGCUCAAGAACGGGUUGAAAAUGCACUUUCAAACGGCAGUCAACCUCACGCAAAGCGCGGUGAAUUUGACGCAAACCGCCACCCAAACUGCCGCGGGGUCGGUGGUCCGGCACAGCAAGCAAGCGCUGCGGGCGCUGCGCAUGUCGAUGCCCGGGGCGACCGAAGAUGACUUGGCGGCCGCAGUGGCGGCGGUGACAGACGAAGUUGACCAGUCGAACGACUUGACGGAUAUGGAAAAGGAGGAGCUGGCGCAGUUUCUGUCGGAAAAGAAACCCAUCCGCGCCGCAGAUGUCGAGGCCACGAUCGAAUCGUUGUUUGCCAACUUGUCGAGCCACCAUAGCCGCAUGAAUCAGAUUUGUUUGAAUGUGAAACGGGACGACUUGGACGUGUACCAAGUGACCAGCUACGACUGGAUCGACCGCGUGACCCAAGACAUCGAACACAACAAGAAGAACGAAAGCAUUUGGGAAGAUCCGUUGCACAAAGCAGCCGCCGCGUCGGGUGGCCGGCCGUCGUUCCGGCUGCGCCUAAUUAAAGAAUGGCACUGCCGCAACUACGUGUACAAUGCCGACCGCAUCAUGGAAGAGUCCAGCAUGCCCGUGUACUCGCCGCAGGGGGACUUGCUGCACAUGGCUAUCCAGUUCAGCUACGUGACCAUGUUCAGCGUCAUCUGGCCGUUCUGUGCCUUGUGUGCGUUCUGCAACAACACGGUUGCCUCUCGCUUUGACGCGAUCAAGAUGGUCAUCGACUGCAAGCGAUCGGUACCUCGUCGGAUGAUUGGCAUCGGGCCCUGGCUCGGCGCGUUCACAUUUGAGGCACUCGUGGCGACGAUGGUCGUGCCCGCCAUCUUUGUGUACGUGACUGGCCAAAUGGACUCGUUCAGCCCCGAGUGUCCGAUCUCAGAACUGGACUACGGUCCCGUGACCAACUGCUUUCCGCUGAUCUGGCGCCUCUUGGCAUUUUGUGUGUUGGAAAACGUGGGUAUUGCCAUUUGCUUCUUUGUGUACCUCCGCAAGAGCGACAUCUCUACCGACACAUCGCUCAAGAUUCAGGAGCAUUCGAGGCGCGUCAAGUACAACGUCCGGAAGAGUGUGCGCACGAUCGGCGAGCACAUCCUCGUGCGUGUGCAGCAUCGCCACAACACCCCCGCCGACCACGUCCCCCCGUCGGGGGCUGCCCAACAAAGCGACGGCGAGUGGCGACAAGGCACCGUCGCUUGGGUCAAGAACGGUCGCAUUAAAGUCAACUUUUACUCGCACGGGUUGUUUGGCCAAGAAUCGCAUUCUGCCGAGCACGAAGUGUGGCUGCAGCAUGAACAGUAUGCGCUCAAGCCCCCAAUUCCCGUCCGCGUGUUUGAGAUGCACAUGCCGGUGCUGCUGGCGUCGGCCAAGAAAGGGCGGUGGCUCGAAGGCCAUAUCGUUGGCCUCGACACUGUGAACCGGUUCGGCAAAGAAAUCGUCCACCGCCCCAACGAGAUGCACUUGUCGAUCGUUGAAGGCCGCAACCUCCGGUCCAACAUGAUGCGAAACGUGUUGGAUCCGUACUGCGUCGUCACGUGCGGCACGUUCAAGCACAUGACAAGCAUCAAGCGCCACACGUUGAACCCGUUGUGGAACGAACAGCUCGUAUUCGGCAUGGCCGAGAAGGAUCUGGCGGCGUCCGGUGGCAAGCUCCUCCUGAGUGUGUACAACCACGACACGUUGUCCCUGGGCGAGUGCAUUGGGGAAGCCGAAAUCGACUUGAAAGCCUACCUGGACGGCGGCAAAAAGGACAAACUGUGGGUGCCGCUGCUGCUCAAGAAGACAAUGCUAAACCUCGACGUGCUCAGCAACGCUGUGCACAAGCUCGCGCUCGGGGACAACUACCCCGACACUCCCCAGAUCCUCGUCGAGCUGCAGUGGAUCGACACGCGGUUCCCGGCGCAGGUGCAUGUGGCCGUCAAGGACGACGGCCACGACGCCCCCCCGCGUGUGCUCAACCGAAAGCACUGCGAAAAAAGGCUGUGCUACGGCAUCCACGCGCACGAAAUCAAGCAAGGCCGUAUCUUUGACACCAAAGACAAUGUCUCAUAAGAGUGGAGAACGACGACACGAGACGAAAAACGAAGAGGGAUGGAACCAGCUUGACUUUGUGUGUGCUUUUUUAUAUUAGUUGUAUUAAAUAUCAAUUUCGUGGUGCCGAAAUUGAGCUUGUUGACCCUGGGAUGGCGCGGUUGGUUGGUUGUCGAUAGUUACAUAAAUAAGUGCCAUUCAGGGUCGUCCAAUGGUUCGUCGCUGAUGGCCCCAAACUUGACGGACGGCGGUGUCACAUUGAACACAUCCACGUCGUCGUCGUCCGCUUCGUCCGUGCCUUGGUACCCGCCGUGUCGGACGCAGUACCCCAUCAUGUAGCGCCACAACGCAUGGCGGGACAGCACGGCGGGGUGCC